AUGUGUGAUCGUGGUGGUGUGUAUAAAUCAGAUAAAGAUUCAAGUAGAGAGACCUGCACUAGAAAGAUAAAUUGCCCGUUUGAAAUGGUAGCGAAAUUUUCAAAAAAGAAUGGUUCUUGGACGUUAAAAGUAAAACCUGGUGAGCAUAAUCAUCCACCCGGAGAAUAUAUGGAGGGACACCCAAUCCUCAAACGAUUGACACCUAAUGAACACCAAUUGGUGGCAGAGUUGACGGGGAAGGGUGUGUUCCCAAAAGAUAUUUUAGGUGUUAUCAAGGAGCGUGAUGAAAAUAAUGUCUCUACAAUUAAAAACAUAUAUAACGCACGUGAUAAAAUUCGAGCAACGGGUCAUAAAGGGAAAUCUUUGAUGGAGGUGCUAAUGUCUCAUUUAAAUGAUAAAGGGUAUACUUUUGAAAUUUCUACCAAUAGAGUUUCAAACAUGUUGGAAGACUUAUUCUUUGUUCCUAAAAUCUCAUACAAGUACUUCCUUGAUUUUCCACAUGUGUUGCUUAUGGAUGUCACAUACAAUACGAACAAGUAUAAAUUGCAUUUUCUUGAAAUUGUUGGUGUAACUUCUACCAACAAGACAAUCUCCAUAGCUUUUGCAGUUAUGCGUAAAGAAACAGAGGAGAAAUAUCUUUGGGCAUUAAACUGUUUAAAACUAUCAAGAACCUCCAAGGCAUAA